AAGCCGAUAAAAAUGAGAAAUCAAAAGAAACGAGGAGCUAAAAGAAACAAGAAGUCGAAAGAAAUAAGAAGUCAAAAGAAACAAGAAGCUAAUAGAAACAAGAAGCUGAAAGAAACAAGGAGUCAAAAGAAACAAGGAGUCAAAAAAAAUGAGGAGCUGAUAGAAAUGAGGAGCUGA